AGAAUCUGAAUUGAAAAAUUCCGGAAAUACAGGAGAUACUCGAUCGGAUGCAAAUACACGAACUCGUUGGAAAAGUGGUGGUUUAACAAGUAUCGACAAUCCAUUUGUUUCACGUUUAGGCAACAUGUCUUCAGCAUUAGCACCAGGUGUAGCAGCUUUAAAUCAAGCUUCAACAACAUUAUCAAUACGUUGUGGUUUAUGCACAAAACCAUUAUGUGCCAGUGAAACAACUCAACAAUUAACUGGGCAUACUGGUUGGGCUUGUUCACGUCAUGCAACAUCAUUCGAUCCAGCGACUAUAACUUGUGCACUUUGUCAUCUGGUUGUACGUGGUCUAUUUGUUUGUUGUAGAGGUUGUAGUCAUGGUGGUCAUUUGGAUCAUAUGCAGGCAUGGAUUAUGAAAAGAUCAGAAUGUCCAACUGGUUGUGGUCAUCGGUGUAGAUAUGAUUGACGAAAUAGAUGAAACUCUCUAUCUCUCUUUCUUAUCCUUCUUUUCAUUAUGUAUGUACAUUUUGCCAAAAUAUUAAUGAUUCAAUACACUUUUUUUUCUUUAUUACCCUUUUUUAUAAUUUUUAUAUGCUUAUUGAUCUAGUUUUAUCUUAUUUUUUAUACAAAUACAAUAAUUUUGAUAAGACA